AUGUCUGAUACCGAACACGAGCUGGGGCUGGAUGCCACCAUUGAGGCUCAGGAAUUGGAGAAGAUUUUUGAAGUUUUCACCCAGGCGGCCGCCGAGGCCAAAGAGCUGGGGGAUUUUUUGUCCUACUCCACCAUCUUGGAUAUGUACUUGAGCGAGCCAGAGAGAUACCGUGUGGAGGAAAGAGACCAGAUCUUGAGCCAUCUUUUGAAGAUUUUGGACCUGGACCACGACUUGGUGUAUGAAAUUGGCUGGGAUUUGCCCGCCCUUGUGCUUCCCUUUGUGGAGUCAGACUACGCCUUCGAUGGAGCACUCCGCAAUGCUCCAUGUGUCUUCAACGUGUGCAAGAUCUUUGAGCUUUUGGCCCACCAUGGCAAUUCGAAGGAGUUGUUUUUGAAGAGUACUGAGCUUUUGAGCGCCUUGCUGGAAAACGACGCUGUCACGGAGAAUACCUACUUCAGACACAAGUUCUACGAUGUCAAGCUCUACUGUAUCUUUGAAUUGAUCGACAGCUGCUUGAGACGCAUCCACACGCUUUACCCCUCGCGUUUUCUAGCCAUGACAGUGGCCAGUUUCAUCAAUUCACUUCAUGGCAACCCGGUGGCCGACCUAGGCGAAGCCGAUUUCCGCUGGAAGAGAGUCUACAGCUUUGCCAGAAACUACCAGAGACCACCGCUUCCAGAGAAAAUUGAGGUUUCUCCCACUGAGCUCGAGAAGAUCAACAGCGACGAGGACUACUUGCAGCGGAAGUUGUUGACUGGAUUCGUCACUGAGGCUGUGAAUUUAGUCACCAAACGUACUGUGGUGGGCUUUGCCACAGACUUCCUCAAUUACCUCCAGUGCGUGGCAAAGAACAAGGAAAGUGAGCACAACGUCUUCCUACCGGUCCUUGACCGUCUCGUGGAGCUCGCUCUCUCGUUUGAUGUGGACUUGACAAACAACUUCAAGGACUUCCUCGAGGAAAGCAAUGAUUUGGUCGACACGCUGGAGCUAGAGGGUGAGGAUGACGACGAAAAGCAUGGGCAUUUGUUUGAGAAGUUGGUGGUAAGCUACCAAAAGACCAUUGUCAGCUCCUUGAUAAGCAGUGAGGCUAAGGCAGUCCAUGACUCUGCAGCUGGUAUGUUGGUUCUCUUCACAAACUCUGUGGGCCCCAACAAGGACAUGAAAAAAGUCACGGUUACUAUCAAUGACGCUGUAUCACUCACACUUCGAUUAGUGGUUCCAGGCAUGAUUCAUACCACGUUUUUCAACAGGGGUUUCUCAGACAUAGCCGUGUUCUGGUCAUGGUACGCCAUUCAUCAAGCCAACCUCGAGAAGCGUAACCUCUCGUUGGAGCUUUCCAAAACUCCAUCCCUUCUUCUCCUGGCAUACCUCCAAGCGUUGCUUUUCAUGUUGAUCUCCAACCGUGAAUACCCCAACUUGAGAUACGUCGUGCUUACACUCUUGACUAAAGUUCUUGCUCAUGCCCCUGAGGAUACAAGUUAUGCAUUUUUGAUUGACUCAUUGAACGACUGCCCCUAUGAGAACCUCAAGACUGCUUUGGUGGGCGUCUUCAAGGAGUUGGUUACCAAAGAGAAGAGCGAUCUUUGCGACUUGACAAAUACCCUACAAGAUACCAGCAUUUCAGAGUCCAAGUCUGACAACUCACGCCCACCUCCACUUCCAAAGAGAAACAGCUCUCGCAGCACGAGGUUCAUCACUUUGACAGACAGCAGAGUCAAGGAGCUACAGGGAGUGUUACAAAAUACUGUUGACCGUACUUUUAUCACUGAGGAUGGCUCUACCACCAUCGACAGAGACACUUGCGGAACGUUGGUGGCGCUUUUGAGUCUCCAGCAUGUGCUCCAAAAGUCUGGUCUUAUCAAGGACGAAAGCAGCGAGGUUUGA